GAAUUAUUUGAAUAAUUAUAUAAAGUAUUAAACAGUGUGUACAAGAUAUGUCUGAUAGAGAAAGAAGAAAAUUAUCAUCUAAACUACAAGGAUUGUAUGGGAAGUUUUAUAAAUAUGAAGAUAAGGGAAUAUCUAUUUCUUCAACUUUCCAUACAUUACCCCUUCGAUCAGGAACUGAUUAUUAUAAAAUAGUUAGAAAUCCUCUUUCAUUACAUGCAGUUGGUAGAAAGAUUAAGAAUAUGAAAUAUGAAAAUGCUCAACAAUUUGUUGAUGAUCUUGCACUUAUUUCUUGGAAUGCUAGAUUAUAUAAUUUAAAAGAUUCUAAAGUAUAUAAACAUGCAUUAUUUUUAAAACAAUUUAUAUUAUCAACGGUAAUUCCAAAAUUAAAGAGUGAUAGAUCACUUCCAAAUAAUAAAUCAAUAGCAUAUCCUCAUUUAGGUGAUCUUCCAGAUGGUAAAGAUGAAGCUAUAGUUGAAGAAAUGAAUUUUACUGAAGCUCCAGAUCGAGAAUUUAGUGCUGAACCAAGUAUAACUCCUCAAGUUGAACAAUAUGUUCCAAUUCAACAUCUUCAACAUCAACAACUUCAACUUCAACAACAACCUCCUUCAACUCCUCAAGUUUAUAUUCCACCAGCUGCUCCUCGUCAUGCAGCUUCUCCAACCCCUAAAAAUAUUGAAAGUGGUAUAAGAAGAGGUCGUCCACCAAUUAUUGAUAAACCAUUUGAAACUAGAAUAAAAUUAAUUUUAAAAAGUUUUAAGAAAUUACGUGAUCCAAAUAAUGAUAAUAGAUUUUUAACUCAACAUUUUGAAAAACUACCUGAUAGUAAAAUUAAUAGUGAUUAUUAUCAAAGAAUUCCUAAUCCUAUAAGUUUAAAUGAAAUAAGAGUUAAAGUUAGAACAAGAAAAUAUUCAAAUGUUGAUCAAUUUAUUCAUGAUUUAGAUAUUAUGUUUUCAAAUGCUCAAUUAUAUUAUGAAAGUGAUCCUUAUUGUGAAGAAUUUAUUGAUCUUCAAAAUUUUAAUAAAGAAGCACAAGUUAUUAUUCAACAAGAAAUAAGUAAGAGUGAUCAAGAUUUAAUUAUUUCAAGUACUUCAGGUAAUGAUGGAAUUGUAAGAUUCCCAUUAGAUUCAGUUGAAGUUAAUGGUUAUACAUAUAAAAUUGGUGAUUGGGUUUUAAUUUCUAAUCCAGCUGAUCCUGAAAAACCAACUGUUGGUCAAGUAUUUCGUAUGUGGUCAACUAAAGAUGGUACAAGAUAUUUUAAUGCAUGUUGGUAUUAUCGUCCUGAACAAACAUGUCAUGGUGUUGAUAGAUUAUUUUUUAUUAAUGAAGUAUGUAAGACAGGUCAAUAUCGUGAUCAUAUAGUAAGUGAAAUUGUUGGACCAUGUUAUGUUAUUUUCUUAACUAGAUAUCAAAAGGGUGAUUUACCAGCAGGAGUAAUUCCUGAAGGAGCUCCAUGGUUUAUUUGUGAAUUUAGAUAUAAUGAAACCACUCAUGUUUUCAAUCGUAUUAGAACUUGGAAAGCAUGUUUACCUGAUGAAGUUAGAGAUAAUCCUGAACAACCUAUAAUUCCAUUAAAGGAAAAUAGAAAAUUAAUUAAAUAUGAAUCACCAAUUCGUUCAUUAUUACCAAAAGAUUCAUAUCUUGGAAUGGCUAUACCAGAUGCAACUCCUGGUCAACCAAAUUCUCCACCAUUAGUUGGACUGGUAUAUAUUACUGCUCCAAUUAAAGAUGAUGAUUUAGGUCAAUAUACUACUAGUCCAAAUACUGUUCCUGUUCCUGAUCAUAAUGAUAUUAAUAGUGGUCGUAGAGCUUUCUUAUUUACACCUAUUUCUCAAUUAAAAGGUGGAGGUGGUAUAACUCAUACAGUUUAUACUACAUCAACUUCAGAACCUCCAGUAUCACAUUUUGAAGAAAAACCAGCUAUUAUUGCUCAACAACUUCCUGGAUCAUAUAAACUGUUACAAGCACAAAUUCAAGAAUCUCAAGCUAAACAAUUACAAGAACAACAAUUACAACAAUUACAACAACAACAACAUCAACAAUUAUUUGGAAGAGUUUCAACUCCAAAUACUUUACCAUUAGGUGCUCCACCAGCUGGAGUAACUUAUCAUACUUCAACAUCUACUUAUUCUACUUUAUUGGCAGGAGGUGUACUUUCAUAUAUUGUAAAUGAUUCUAAUUUAACUAAUGUAAUUGAUGGAGUUAAUAAAAGAAAAAAAAUUGAUAAAGAUGGUAAUUCUAGUGAAGGUAUAGUAUUCUAUAGAGCUCCACCAGUUGCUCUUGGAGGUAAUAGAAUUAUAACUAAUAAUGGAUUAGAAUUUGGUCAUUCUGCUAAAUACUUAGCUUGGAAAUUAAGUCAACAGCAACAGACUACAAAUAACUAAAUAUCAUUAAUUUAAUUAGAUUAAUUAGUAUUGUAAAUUAAUAACCUUUUGUAUUAUAUUAAUUAUAUGGGGGGACAUUUUUG